GCCGCGCAGGUGUGGGCAGAGCGGCGAGGAGGCUGAGCAGUGCCCCUGCGGCAGCGCAACGAGACGCGCCCGUACCUCCCGAGGCCAGCUGGCCCUCAACACCUCGCGGCCUCCCUGCUGCGCCAGUGCCCGAGUGCCAUCGCGGAAGAGGGAUAUAUGUAAGUGUGACGCGGCCGCUGCAGUGUGCGUGUCGGUGUAACGGCAGUGAGUGUCCAUGUGUCGCCAAGGGGCAGCAGCAGAAGCAGGUGUGGCUAGUGGAGUAGUGCGAGCUACAGCAGAAGUAAUAGUAGUGCGAAGGUAAGCAGAAGGUGGCGAGGUAUGAUGCGUGAACGAGACGCCAUGUCUGCUAGCGACAGUGCUGCCUCCUCCUCGGCUGCUGGAGGAGGCGAGGCCGGGGACGCUAGCGUGGUGGGAGCGGCCGAAGACAAGAAGGGGAGGAAGGCCGCUCCAAACUCCUCCAGGAACAAUGAACAAGCCCAAAAGUCCAAGAAAUUCCUCGGUUCCUCAGGCACGUUCGCCGUCAUCCCGCACCGCAUCCAGCUGUCCAUGCUCAACUCAGGCCUCAUCACCAUAACUGACGAGGAGAAGGCGAUCGGCGCCAUUCCCACGAAGCCCAUCAACUCGGGUGACCUGGAGAAGAUCUGCGCGGAACACCGGAAGUAUCCGAUUCUAUAUAAGGUCGAGUUCCAGAUGGCGACGAAGGUGGAGUGCCACUCGAUGCGUCACGCCCUCAAGGAGUCCAACGAACUCAAGAACCAGAACAAGAGGGUGCUUCCGUAUGACUACAAUAGAGUGGUUCUUGAGCCUCUGCCAGACUCCCCAGAUUCAGACUACAUCAACGCCUCCUAUGUGGACAGCCUGCUGACACCCAAAGCGUACGUUGCAACACAAGGUCCUCUGGAGAACACCAUUGCUGACUUCUGGAGAAUGGCGUGGCAGGAGAAGACGAGACUCAUUGUGAUGCUCACCAAGACGUUUGAUUUCAUUAAGGUGAUGUGGCGUGCAGUACUGGCCGGCGAUGGUUGGCUGCUGCGACCACUACGAGGGGAUCAAGGUGGAGCUGCUGAAGGAGGAGCAGCUGGCCAACUUCCAGAUCCGCACCAUCAGGCUCACCGCAGAUGGCCAUAUGACAGCUGGCUUAAGAGAUUUAGCCCAAUACAAGCAUUCCUUUCCCCUUUCUUCCUGACCUACUGGCCACCUCUGUACUGCGGGGAUGAAACCAGCUUUGGCACACCUAACGCAAUAAACUUCGAAAAUGGUUGCUAA